UGCAAUUCAACGUUAUAAACAAAGUGUUUGAUGCGAUAUAUUUUGAAUGGAAAUCCCUGCGCCAUUUACCAUUUCUCUCUCUUCACUCAAGUCUGGCCGUUGCUUCUUCUGUUUUUCUUUUGGGCUACUCAGGAGCCUAAUAAACUGUGCCUCUCGCCCAAAUUUACAUCUGCAGAUCUUUUCCAUGAGCGACAUGGAGGCUACAGAGGCAGACUACAAGUCUGUCAGCAAACGAGAGAAAGGGAAAGGAGGAUUUAGAGCUUGCUUGUUUGUUUUUGUGAUGGUGGCACUUGAAAACAUGGGUUUCAUAGCAAACAUGAUUAGCUUGGUUCUUUACUUUCGCGAGGUGAUGUACUUCAAUGUAGCUGGCGCCUCCAACACUCUCACCAACUUAAUGGGAACUACAUUCUUGCUCACUGUUGUUGGUGGCUUCAUUUCGGAUACUUACUUGAGCAGACUUACCACUAUUCUGAUUUUUGGAGUAAUUGAAAUUUUGGCUUUGGUGAUGAUGACAAUUCAAGCUCAUGCUAAAAGUCUGCAUCCAACAUAUUGUGGAAGGUCGAGUUGUGUGGAGGGUAAUACAGCAGUCAUGCUUUACGCCUCACUGUCUCUAUUAGCUUUGGGUUCAGGUGGUGUCAGGGGAGUUCUUCCUUCACUUGGUGCAGAUCAAUUUGAUCAGAAUGAUUCAGAAGAAGCCAAGGCUCUGGCCACCUACUUCAAUUGGAUAACACUUAGCACGGUGCUUGGCGCAACUGUAGGUGUCACAGGCAUUGUUUGGGUUAGCAGCAAAGACGCUUGGUACAAGGGGUUCAUGAUAUCAACCGUAGCAGCCUUUGUUGGUUUUGCUGUUCUUCUAUUUGGGAAGCCUUUCUACCACCAACGAAAACCUGGAGAAAGCCCCUUCAUAAGAAUCGCACAGGUUAUUGUUUUGGUAAUUAAAAACCGGCGAUUGCCACUGCCAGCGAAACCUGAUGAACUAUACGGGAUCAGGGACAAAGAAACAAUCUCUCCAGAGGGAAAACUUGCACAUACUGACCAAUUCAGAUUCCUAGACAAAGCUGCCAUUGUUCCUAAAGACCUGAACAUUGCACCACGGACAGUAUGCACUGUGACCCAAGUUGAAGAAGUGAAGAUCCUAACAAGAAUGUUGCCUAUAUUAUUCAGUACUAUCAUAAUGAACACGUGCUUAGCUCAACUCCAGACCUUCUCAGUACAACAGGGAUUCAUGAUGAACAAGCACCUGGGCAAGUUCGAGGUUCCUGCACCUUCGGUUCCCGUAAUUCCACUACUUUUCAUGGUCAUACUCAUUCCUGCCUACGAGUUCCUUUUUGUUCCUUUUGCUCGAAAGAUCACGGGUCACCCAUCAGGCAUCACGCAACUCCAACGUGUAGGAGUUGGUCUUGUUCUGUCUGCCUUAUCAAUGGCUGUAGCAGGUGUCGUUGAGGUGAAACGAAGGGACCAAGCACAAAAAGACCAAGCACAUCCCAUAAGUCUCUUUUGGCUUUCUUUCCAGUAUGGAAUUUUUGGAAUAGCAGACAUGUUUACACUUGUUGGACUAAUGGAAUUUUUCUACAAGGAAGCACCUUCAGGAAUGAAAUCGCUGUCGACUUCAUUUACAUGGCUAUCUUUAUCUUUUGGCUACUUCUUGAGUACUGUUUUUGUUAACAUCGUAAACUCCGUUACUGAAAGAGUUGCUCCAAGCAAACAAGGAUGGUUAAAUGGUGACAAUAUAGACGAAAACAAUUUAAAUCUUUUCUACUGGUUCUUAGCCGUUCUCAGCUGCAUCAACUUUGCAAACUAUCUCUACUGGGCCUCAUGGUACAAAUACAAGAUAGAUGAUGUAGAUUCUAAUAAGCCUGACAUAAGGAGUACUGAAGGUUUGCUUCUUUCCAAGGCAGAGAACACUCCAGAGAGUGAGGUUAAGACUGAGGCAAAAGAGAAUAAAGAAGAACGUGUUGCCAAUGUAGAGAACAAUCCAGAGAGCGAGGUUAAGACUGAGGCAAAAGAGAAUAAAGAAGAGAUUCUUGCCAAGGUAGAGAACACUCCAGAGAAUGAGGUUAAAACUGAGGCAAAAGAGAAAAAAGAAGAGGCUAAGACUAUGGCUAAAGAGAAUAAAGAAGAGGUUAAGACAGAGGCAAAAAAGAACAAAGAAGAGAAGGCAGUGUUGGAAAUAAGUGAGCUUCCUCCUUCCUGUUGCUUUUGCGGAUCUGAAAAUUGAUAGAUAACAAAACUGCUGUUUCGAAAAGCAAUUUAUCCUACUUGAUAAUAAAAUAGAAAAUUAUUAUUAAAUUAAAAA